AUGAGUGAUAACAACAAGAUCAAGUCGGUCGCCAUUAUCGGAGCCGGAGCCGCUGGAGCAAUUACUGCGGCAGCUUUCAAGGCUGAAGACUACUAUGAUCGCAUACGCGUGUUUGAGAGAAGAGAAACACCCGGUGGAACAUGGAUAUACGACCCGAAUCCAUCAAUCCCCCCGAUCCAACCGGGAGGCCUGCCCGCAGAUAUAGAUAAGCCUUUGGACAUCCCGACGAAUCUCCCAACGACGGCACCUCCAAGUCAACAAGAGAGAUAUACGCACACUCCGAUCUACGACAAUCUCACAACCAAUGUCCCUGAUAUCGCCAUGUCAUUUUCUGACAUUCGAUUCUCCUAUGGACCAUUUGUUCCACACUAUGUUCCUCGCCAGUACAUUGAGAAUUAUUUCUACCUUCACAAGACUGACGAGUACCUUUCGCUGAACACCACGGUGGAGGAUGUGUCUCAGCUACCGCUUUUGCCAGCUGCGAGUUUCAAGAGGUGGAAAUUGACUCUCCGAAAGUAUGAGCCCUUGCGAGGGGUCGACGUUUGGUGGGAAGAGGAAUUUGACGCCGUCAUUAUUGCCAAUGGCCAUUACUCGAUUCCUUGGGUGCCGGUUGUUGAUGGCCUGGAAGCAUACAUGGAAAAGUUCCCUGGGCGUGUCGUGCACUCCAAGUUCUACCGCUCGCCACAUCUCUACACCAACAAAAAGGUUCUCAUCAUCGGGAAUUCGACCUCAGGACAUGAUGUUACAGUUGAUCUGCUGCAAGCCGUUCAUCUCCCCGUCUAUCAGUCGAGAAGAUCAAAAUCGAGAUGGGACGGUGAUGAAGCUCCCCAGGGAGUCGAAUGGAAGCCAAUCAUCAAGGAAUAUCGUCUCGACGGCACGAUUGUGUUUGAAGACGAUACUACCUUGAGCGAUAUCGACCAAAUCAUUUAUUGCACAGGCUACAGACCCUCUUAUCCCUGGUGGAAUAGCAAGGUCAACGGUCGCCCGCUGUUUGACUACAAGGCAAACAAGUUGAUCAAGACCUAUUGGCACACCUUUUUCCAAGACUUUUCGAAUCUUGCACUGGUAGGACUCCCGCGGGUUCUAACGUUUAGAAGUUUCGAGUACCAAGCAGUCGCCCUAGCACGACUCUUUUCUGGUAGAAAUGCCAUCCCGCUUCCUCCCCUAGAAGAGCAACAGAAGUGGGAAAAGGAUAGAGAAGAAAAGGUCAAGAGUGAGAGACGCAAGUUUCACGAGAUUAGGUGGGAGAGAGGGGAGACCCAGGAAUGGCUGAACGGGUUCUUCCAGAUUGCAGGCAUUGGGAGAUUUACUGGUGAAGGCAGGAUACCCCCGGCCUUGACAAAGGAGCUCGUCUGGGCUAUUGAGCAUCUUAAGAAGUAUCCAGAGCCAGGAAAGGGGGGGAAGAGGGAAUGGGUGUUGGUUGAGGAGCCCGUUAAAGAUCUGCUUGCGUUCAUAUGA